AUGGAAGAGUUGUUGGCAAAGGAAAACAAAUCCUACCGAAUUCUCUAUGCAAAAGCUGAGCUUAAGAAAGUAGUGAAAGCAUAUUAUCAAGAGUUCAAGUGGUAUCAUGCUGGAUAUGUUCCAACAUUUGAGGAGUAUCUGAAAGUUGCACUGGUAACUUCAUGUCAUAUGAUGCUUUCCACAACUUCUUUGGUUGGUAUGGGAGAAUUAGUCACUAAGGAGAACUUUGAGUGGGUUACAAGUGAACCUUCGAUGUUUGAACAAGAGAGAGGGCAUGUAGCAUCAGCAGUUGAAAGCUAUACAAAGGAGUUUGGUUGUUCAAAUCAAGAGGCUUAUGUGAAUUUGGAGAAACUUGUAGCCAAUGCGUGGAAAGACAUAAAUGAAAAUUGCCUUUAUCCGAUGCCUGCACCCACGCCUAUCCUUGUGCGAGUACUCAAUUUAACCCGUGCCAUUAAUCUCCUCUACAAGGAUGAAGAUAUAUAUACAAACUCCAAAACCAAGCUAAAGGAUAUCAUUCAUAAAGUAUUAGUCCAACCAUUAUAA